UUCAAAGAUCUUUCAGUCGAGUCAGAAAGGGGGCAUCUCUUCUGAUCAGAGCCUCACACGAGCAGAAGAGGAGCGAGGGGAGAGAGAGAGGGAGAGUGAGGCAGGGUGCCCCGUUAUUUAACUAACCCCGGUGGAAAGAAGCAUGGCUUUAUAAAAAUACAUUUUUUUUUUCCUCUGGGACCUUGACUACAUUUGCACUCCAUAUCAGCAGUUGUCAAAGUCUUUGUUAUAUUUAAAAGCAAUCGAUCCACAACGUUUUUUGUGGUCAUGGAUAUCCAUAUAAGAUGGAAAAGAAAACGCCGGAUAAGGGACUUGCCCCUAACGUUAGCAAUAAUUCUGCUUUUUGUAACUUCGCAAGCCAGUUCAGCGGGCCCUGCAGAUCUCUUGAAGAUAUUAGAUUUUCACAAUUUACCUGAAGGUGUAACAAAAACAACAGGCCUUUGUCCACACAGAAAAUCUUCAAGUGGGCCAGAUGUCGCUUAUAGAGUAACAAAGGAAGCCCAGCUAAGUGCCCCCACGAAGCAGUUAUAUCCUGCUUCAUCCUUCCCCAAAGAUUUCUCUAUUUUAACCACUGUGAGGCCGAAAAAAGGCAGCCAGUCCUUCCUCCUGUCCAUCUACAAUGAGCAGGGGAUCCAGCAGAUUGGCGUGGAGGUGGGACGGUCUCCGGUGUUCCUGUAUGAAGAUCACACGGGCAAGCCCGGGCCAGAGGACUACCCGCUCUUCAGGGGUAUCAACCUGGCUGACGGCAAGUGGCAUCGAGUGGCUAUCAGUGUCCACAACAAAAACGUCACCAUGGUGUUGGACUGUACUAAGAAGUCAACAAAGUUUUUGGACAGAAGUGCCCGUCCUCGAAUUGACACCAAGGGCAUUGUGGUUUUUGGAACUAGAAUACUUGAUGAAGAAGUCUUUGAGGGAGAUAUCCAGCAGCUAAUGAUUGUUCCAGACCACAGGGCAGCCUAUGAUUACUGUGAGCACUACAGCCCAGACUGUGAAUCACCCGCCCCUGACUCCCCGCAGUCCCAGGACCCAAACCCGGACGGAUAUGACGAUGACACCUAUUACUAUGAAUACCCAUAUUACGAAGACAUGGAUCUCGGUGGGAAGACUACUACCCCUGAACCGAAACCUGAUGAGGUAGCAGGACCUGUUGCAGCAGUGGAAGAGGAUGUAUUGUACAAACCCACUGAAGAAGAAACAACAGUGAUCGAAACAAAGCCUACGGGGGGAGCGUAUCCAGAAUAUGGAGAGUAUGAGGACCCUGAGGAGUAUGAGACAUACAACGAAUAUGAAGAUGGGGAAGGGGGGAAAAGAGUAAGCGUAGACACAAAUGUGGACCAAGGAGCAAGAGUGAACAUUGGAACAAAUGUGGAUCUGGGAUCCCGAGUGGACCUUGACUCAGGAGUCGACAUGGGAACAAAUGUGGACCUGGGAUCACGUGUGGACCUAGGAUCCAGAGUGGACCUGGGAUCACGAGUGGACUUAGGAUCCAGAGUGGACAUGGGGACAAAUGUGGACCUAGGAUCACGAGUGGACCUGGGAUCCAGAGUGGACCUAGGAUCCAGAGUGGACCUGGGAUCACGAGUGGACUUAGGAUCCAGAGUGGACAUGGGGACAAAUGUGGACCUAGGAUCACGAGUGGACCUAGGAUCCAGAGUGGACAUGGGGACAAAUGUGGACCUGGGAUCACGAGUGGACCUAGGAUCCAGAGUGGACAUGGGGACAAAUGUUGACCUAGGAUCACGUGUUGACCUGGGAUCCAGAGUUGAUACAGGGACUGAUUUUGACAUGAGUACACACACUGACGACAUUCAUACUUCAACAGUAAUCAUUUCACAGAAUGGAACUGAUACCCGAAGCAGAAGUGAAUCAGGCUCAGCUGGGCAUGGAGGUACUGGGCAAGGAGAGUCCUCGGAGGGGGAGGAUUUUACACAAGAAAUCCUUAAGGAGUUUGACAAGGAAGAUUACUAUACAGAGUAUGAUUAUGGUGACAGUGACCAAGAUUUUGGUCCUGUUUCUCCCGCCAAGACCGAUGAUGAGUAUAGCCAGGUUGACGGAGCGAGGGGGGAGAAGGGACAGAAAGGAGAGCCUGCCAUCAUUGAGCCUGGAAUGCUUGUGGAAGGUCCCCCUGGUCCUGAAGGCCCAGCUGGUCUCCCAGGAUCUCCUGGUCCCACUGGUUCUCCUGGUCCAACCGGAGAUCCAGGUGAAAGAGGUCCGGCAGGUCGACCGGGUCUUCCAGGUGCUGAUGGAUUGCCAGGACCCCCAGGGACUGUCCUCAUGCUGCCUUUCCGAUUCAGUGCAGGAGGAGAUGCAGGACAGAAGGGACCUGCUGUUUCAGCACAGGAAGCCCAGAUGCAAGCCAUAAUGCAACAGGCGAGGCUGGCAAUGAGAGGUCCAACUGGUCCAAUGGGUCUAACAGGAAGGCCAGGCCCUCUGGGUCAACCAGGUGUUUCAGGAGUAAAAGGCGAUCCAGGAGAUAAUGGCCCACAGGGUCCCCGUGGCGCUAUGGGCCCUCCAGGACCAUCAGGAAAACCCGGACGCAGGGGUCGAGCUGGCUCUGAUGGGGCUAGAGGAAUGCCUGGUCAAACAGGGACAAAGGGUGAUAGAGGAUUUGACGGGCUGGCUGGUUUACCUGGUGAAAAGGGACACAGAGGAGACUCUGGUCCAGCUGGUCCCCCGGGCCCACCAGGAGAAGAUGGUGAAAGGGGAGACGAUGGAGAGAUUGGACUAAGAGGAUUACCAGGUGAACCCGGUCCUCGUGGUUUGCUAGGACCAAAGGGCCCCACCGGACCUGUUGGCUCUCCAGGAGUUGCAGGUAUGGAUGGCCAGCCUGGUCCAAAAGGAAAUUUUGGUCCUCAAGGAGAGCCAGGCCCACCAGGACAGCAAGGCAACCCUGGAGCUCAGGGUCUUGCCGGUCCCCAGGGUCCAAUUGGCCCACCAGGAGACAAAGGUCCUUUAGGCAAGCCAGGUCUGCCCGGUAUGCCUGGAGCAGAUGGUCCUCCGGGUCACCCAGGCAAAGAAGGCCCUGCUGGAGAGAAGGGACACCCAGGGCCAGCUGGUCCACAAGGCCCGCUUGGCUAUCCAGGACCCAGAGGAGUCAAGGGUGCUGAUGGUGUCCGUGGAUUAAUGGGUCACAAAGGUGAUAAGGGAGAAGAUGGAUUUCCAGGAUUCAAGGGUGACAUGGGGUUGAAGGGUGACCGAGGCGAGCUUGGGCCUUCUGGUCCCAGAGGAGAAGAUGGACCUGAAGGUCCAAAGGGAAGGUCUGGUCUGCCAGGUGAUUCAGGUCCACUUGGUCCCUCUGGAGAAAAGGGCAAGCUUGGUGUUCCAGGGUUACCUGGAUAUCCCGGAAGACAAGGUCCAAAGGGGUCUCAGGGUUUUCAAGGUUUUCCAGGAGCCAACGGAGAAAAAGGAGCAAGGGGAACAGCAGGCAAACCCGGUCCAAGGGGGCAGCGAGGACCAACGGGUCCUCGUGGAGAGAGAGGUCCAAGGGGUCCCACUGGAAAGCCAGGGUCCAAGGGCAACUCAGGGAGUGAUGGUCCAGCUGGUCCUCCUGGCGAAAGGGGUUUACCAGGACCUCAGGGACCCACAGGAUUCCCUGGACCAAAGGGCCCACCUGGUCCCGCUGGCAAAGAUGGACUUCCUGGACACCCUGGACAGAGAGGUGAAACUGGUUUCCAAGGCAAGACAGGUCCUCCUGGGCCCCCAGGUGUGGUUGGACCCCAGGGUCCUACUGGUGAAACUGGACCAAUGGGAGAGCGUGGACACCCCGGGCCCCCUGGCCCCCCUGGCGAGCAGGGUCUCCCAGGAGCUGCUGGAAAAGAAGGUGUAAAGGGUGACCCUGGUCCUGCUGGCCCAACUGGAAAAGAUGGUCCUCCUGGUCUGAGAGGAUUCACAGGAGAAAGAGGACUUCCAGGUCCAGUAGGUGCAGCUGGUUUGAAAGGCAACGAGGGUCCCAAUGGUCCACCAGGUCCUGCUGGUUCCCCAGGUGAAAGGGGACCGGCUGGCCCAGCAGGUCCAAUCGGACUUCCAGGCAGACCCGGGCCCCAGGGACCCCCUGGACCAUCUGGGGAAAAAGGAGGACCUGGUGAGAAAGGCCCUCAAGGCCCUGCUGGUCGGGACGGUAUCCAGGGACCAGUUGGUCUUCCAGGCCCGGCUGGACCUAUUGGGUCUCCUGGAGAAGACGGGGACAAGGGUGAACUUGGUGAGCCAGGGCAGAAAGGAAGCAAAGGCGACAAAGGAGAACAUGGUCCACCUGGUCCUACCGGUCCAGUAGGUCCAAUUGGACAACCUGGCCCUUCUGGUGCUGACGGAGAGCCUGGCCCCCGUGGGCAGCAGGGUCUCUUCGGUCAGAAAGGUGACGAAGGCCCAAGAGGUUUCCCAGGACCACCCGGCCCUGUCGGUCUGCAGGGCUUGCCUGGCCCAGCUGGUGAAAAAGGAGAAACGGGUGACGUUGGUCAAAUGGGUCCGCCAGGUCCCCCUGGCCCCAGGGGCCCGUCUGGCUCUCCAGGAGCGGAUGGUCCACAAGGGCCCCCAGGGGGCAUUGGAAACCCAGGAGCUGUGGGAGAGAAAGGUGAGUCUGGCGAAGCGGGAGAACCUGGUCUCCAAGGUGAUAUUGGACCACCAGGUCCCAGAGGUGAGAGAGGGGAAAAGGGUGAAGCUGGACCUGCUGGUUCAUCAGGCCCCCCUGGUCCUAAAGGUCCCCCUGGAGAUGAUGGCCCCAAAGGCAGCCCUGGUCCAGUCGGUUUCCCUGGUGACCCAGGUCCUCCAGGAGAGUCUGGCCCAUCUGGUCUGGAUGGUCCUCCUGGUGACAAAGGAGAUGAUGGUGAAGCUGGACAACCUGGGUCUCCUGGUCCUACUGGAGAGGCUGGCCCUUCAGGUCCCCCAGGGAAGAGAGGUCCACACGGAGCUGCAGGCCCUGAGGGAAGGCAAGGUGAAAAGGGUGCUAAGGGAGAAUCUGGUCUUGAGGGUCCUCAAGGAAAGACUGGUCCAGUUGGUCCACAAGGAGCUCCAGGAAAGCCUGGCCCAGAGGGUCUCAGGGGAAUCCCCGGUCCGGUGGGUGAACAAGGUCUCCCAGGUUCACCUGGUCCAAAUGGCCCUCCUGGUCCAAUGGGUCCUCCUGGUUUGCCAGGUCUCAAAGGUGACUCUGGAGUAAAGGGUGAAAAGGGUCAUCCAGGUUUGAUCGGUCUGAUUGGACCCCCUGGAGAGCAGGGGGAGAAAGGUGAUCGGGGUCUUCCAGGUCCUCAGGGGGCGACAGGUGCUAAAGGAGAUACUGGUAUAAAUGGUCCAACUGGUCCAAUUGGCCCACUUGGUCCUCCAGGAUUACCGGGUCCUCCUGGUCCAAAGGGUGCUAAAGGUUCAUCUGGUCAAACUGGUACUAAGGGUGAAACAGGUGUGCCAGGCCCCCCUGGUCCUCCAGGUCCUCCUGGUGAUGUCAUCCACCCUCUGCCCAUGCAGUCCUCUAAGAGAAACAAGCGCAACAUUGACGCAAGCAAGCUCAUGGAUGAGGGCAACCCAGACAAUUACAUGGACUACGCUGAUGGCAUGGAGGAGAUCUUUGGCUCCCUCAACUCUCUGAAAAUGGAGAUCGAGCAGAUGAAGCACCCCCUGGGUACUCAGAACAACCCUGCCCGCACCUGCAAGGACCUGCAGCUGUGCCACUCUGACUUCCCAGAUGGUGAAUACUGGAUUGAUCCUAACCAGGGCUGUUCCAGAGAUUCCUUCAAGGUUUACUGCAACUUCACAGCAGGAGGGGAAAGUUGCAUCUUCCCAGACAAGAAAUCUGAAGGAAGUAAAAUGGCUCGUUGGCCCAAAGAUGUGCCUGGUUCUUGGUAUAGUCAAUACAAGCGGGGGUCACUGCUCUCAUACGUGGAUUCAGAAGGCAACCCCAUUGGAGUGGUCCAGAUGACCUUCCUUAGACUGCUGAGUGCUUCUGCCCACCAGAACCUCACUUACAACUGCUACCAGUCUGUGGCCUGGCACGAGUCAUCCCAGGACAGCUACGACAAAGCCAUCCGCUUCCUGGGCUCCAACGAUGAGGAGAUGUCCUACGACAACAACCCCUACAUCAGAGCGGUAGUCGAUGGCUGUGCUGCAAAGAAAGGCUAUGAAAAAACUGUACUGGAGAUCAACACACCCAAAGUGGAGCAAGUUCCUUUUGUCGACAUCAUGUUCAACGAUUUCGGCGAAGCGUCACAGAAGUUCGGUUUUGAAGUGGGACCCGUCUGCUUUAUGGGUUGAGACGCCACAGAGAAACGGAACGAGAAAGCAUCACCAUUGAGUCUCCAAAAAAAAAAAAGAUAAAAAAAACAGCAACCUUUAACCUCAGCGUGCCUUUUCCGUCACAUGCAGGUUUUGAAAUGGACGAAUCUGACAUUCAGCUGCGCUUUUUAUGUUGUGCGCACCCCACUGCUCCUCAUCUCUCCAGUAACAGGAAGGCUUUCUUUGGUGUAGGUCCAGAAUCACAUGACCCAAACAACCCUAACACUUGCCAUUGGGAACAUUAAGCAUUGGAAGGGUGGGACUUGUACAAACAACCAACCUUAAAUGCCAGUGUAUUCAGUCUUCAAGCUUUGCUUCAUUUUGUGCAUAUCGUCCACCUAUUGUUUACAAUGGGGCUUUUAUAUAUAUAUAUAUAUAUAUAUAUAUAUAUAUAUAUAUAUAUAUAUAUAUAUAUAUAUAUAGUAUGUUUGUAAGUAAGUUUUUGUAUAUUUUUUUCUUGUAAUUUGUUUUAUAUAUAUAUAUAUAUAUAUAUAUAUAUAUAUAUAUAUAUAUAUAUAUAUAUAUAUAUAUAUACAUACAUAUACAGUAUAUAUCUGGAUUCAAAACAUGCAUGUGACCCUUUUUUCUUUUUUAAUGACAAAGUUAUUUAAAAAAAAAAAAAGAGUUACGACCAAGUUCCAUCUUUUUGUUGAGGUAUUGAAUACAUCAACUUUUUUGUAAUUAAAAACUUGAUUAUAAUAAAGGUUAAACAAAACAAAACAAAAAAAACCGCACAGCUCUAUCAUCUGAGCAUUCAUUUUUAUACAAAAAAAAAGAUGUACCACAAGAAAAACAAAUCUGUCUAUCGCCUUUUGGAAAUCUCCUUUUUUGCAAGGUGACUGUUGUAAACUUAGCUAUUUGUGCAAGUUUCAAGUUGAUUUGGUUAAUGCUUGCUCUUUUAUACUUCCAUAUUGUUCUGUAUGCAAUGGGAGAUUACAUAUGGAGGGAUAUCAUGCUUCUAUAAGAAAACAUAGGUGCUAUUUUUUAUUUCCCUCUGUGGUGCUAUAUAUUUAGUUUUUUAUGUAAGUAAAACACUGGUGGUGCCCUGCCAUUGCCAAAUCUCCCAAGAUCUUUAGUUCCUGCUUUUUGACAAGACAAUAAAACUGUACCUUAUUGCAAGAUCUUAGUUAAUGCAUGGCGUUUUCAUAUUUAUACACAGGGCAAUUUCCUUGAUGUUUUUGUGUUCUCUUCCUUUUUUAAGCUUGUAUAGCCCAUAUAGAAAGCAAAUUAUUGAUAAAAAAAAAUUACAUAUAAUAAUAAUAAUAACAGGAUAGUAAUAAUCGCUGUUUGUAUUCAAUUGCUGAAUGUUUGUGGUGCUAACUUAUGUAUUUUAUAUUUUAGUUACAGGACAUAAAAAAGCAACACAAACAUGCUUGCAUGUCAUGGCUCCUCAACUUCCAAGUGUUUUGUAAAAGGCUCUAAUUCACGAGCAAAAAAAAGUACAAUUCUUAAAUGUACACUCCAGGCCUUUAUGGGGAUGCCCUUAGUAUUUUAGUUUAGCGAGUCAAAUUCAAUGUAAUUAUCAGGCUAAGAAGAGGUGAGACAUCAUUUGAGCAUCUGACAGGCUUCUCGUCAAAAUGUUUGUUUAAAUAAAUUACUUAGAUUCUUUAUAGUAUUACUGUACACCCCCCAGCAAUUUCUAAAUUGUCACUUUGUUGUCAGAUCUUUAUAAUUCCAACCACAUGCGAUUCACAGCUACUGGAUGCGGCGUCUUAAUGCCUGCCAGUUUUAGGGCAAGAGGAUGGGGUAAUUUUUGGGAUACUGGUUUUCAAUCAAACAAAAGUAAAAAGUAGUGCUAUCUAUCUUGCAAAAAUUUAUGUUAAUACUUUCCAACCAGGACAAAUCUAGUUCAUGCUUGAAUCACACAGAAUAGCAUGUUACAGCUAUGGCUUUAAACCACACACCCCUACAUGUGUGUUGCAAAUGUCUUCAAGGAAAGAGUUGGGACCUGAAGUUCUAAAAUCAUUUCAGAGAGUACAACGGAUUGUAGAACCACCCCAAGUACAUAUUUCUUCUUUUUUAAAUGCGAUUUUUACACAGCCAAGCAUCUUGUUACUUUGAAAACUUGAAGACUAGAAGGCAGUGCCAUCCACCCUCUGUGGAAUUACUAUCAACAUGACUUCUGGUGUUGUGCAAUUUUUUUUUUUUUUUUGCAAGUUAUAGCACAAUUGUGUUUAUGUAUAUCAGUUGACUUUACUGGGGACACCAACUGAUUGCACAGCUCCACUUUGGCGCAAAAGGCCAAAAUGAGAGGUUAUCUUAUAUUUUAAAAAAAUCUGUUUAGGUCAUGUGAUUCUUCAGUCUCUAUGCUUUAUUGCACAAGGAUUGACUUUAUAUACUAGGGUUCACUCUUGUGAUUGCUAUAGCCAAAUCAUAGAUUUACUUCCUACUUCUCUCCGACAACUCUGCAUAAAUGCAAUCAAAUUAAAAAAAUGUAAUUGUCUGAUUUUUUUUUCUUUUGAUAUAUAUAUAUAUGACUUGAACAAUUUCAGUAAAUAAAAACAAACAAAAAUCUGUGAACUAUAUAUAGAUUUUUGGUACAGUACCUGUGGCCCAUUAGACAUACUUCAAUGAUAUUGAAAAGAAAAAAAACAUUGUACAUUUCUUGAUCCUUCAGUAAAGUGUAAUAACUGUCACACCAAUAAAGGUGCUUUUAUAAGAACUUUUUUAAACCUGUGUAAAGGAUAGAAGAUAUAUUGGUUUUUAUGUUAAUAAAUUGAAGUUUACUGUGCCCUUCCACUCCUUUGAGGUGUGACUCUUGUAUGUCUUUCGAAGCAUUAAAACCAAACUGUA